AUCUGUCAGUGAGUGACUCCUUCGCUGGCGCACUCUCCAACGGGAAUUAAAUACAUUACUUUUUUCAGACUGGAGUGACCGCCUCCUGGGGCAGGUAGGUUAGCAGUUGUGAAAACGGUCCAAAAUUUAAAACAAAGGCAGUCCUUGGACUGUUUUUACUUGGAGCGGAUUACCAGUGCGCUGAGGACGACGUCUCUUUGGAGUUUAUACAGCGGAUGGUGUCCACCUCCUAUGUCUCCAAGGAGCACUGAGGCUCUCUGAGGUUAUCUUGUCUGCUGGGCUGCUCCCCCUUCCCCUGCCCCCGUCCACUCUAAAGGUUGCCCUCACAGUGGAAUCAGCAGUCUACAGGACACAACCUCUACAAUGAGCUCCAAAAACCAUCCAGAUGGACUUCCUAGCAAAGAGCAGCCCUUGGAACUUUUGAAGCCAUCUGGAAUUAACCACAUUCCCCCUUCUGUUGAUGUGAGCGCAGCACUGCCUCUGCAAGUUUCCCCAACUGCAAUUCCCAUGGACCUGCGGGUGGAUCACCAGUUCUCCCUUGCCUCUGCUGACCCGAGCCUGCGGGAGCAGCAGCUGCAGCAGGAGCUCAUUGCGCUCAAGCAGAAGCAGCAGAUCCAGAGGCAGCUCCUCAUCGCCGAGUUCCAGCGACAGCACGAGCAGCUCUCUCGCCAGCAUGAGGCCCAGCUCCAAGAGCAUGUCAAGCAUCAGCAGGAUAUGCUAGCCCUGAAGCAUCAGCAGGAGUUGCUGGAGCACCAGCGCAAAAUGGAGAAACACCGCCAUGAGCAGGAGAUGGAAAAACACCAGAGGGAGCAGAAACUGCAGCUUCUCAAAAACAAGGAACGUGGCCAAGAAAGUGCAGUGGCUAGUACAGAAGUGAAGAUGAGACUCCAGGAGUUUGUGCUUAACAAGAAGAAGGCUUUGGCACAGAGAAACCUCAACCACUGCAUGCCAAAUGACCCCCGCUUCUGGUAUGGGAAAACACAGCACAGCUCUUUGGACCAGAGUUCUCCGCCUCAGACCGGGAUUUCAGCCACUUACAAUCACCCGGUUUUGGGAAUGUAUGAUCCCAAAGAUGACUUCCCACUUCGAAAAACAGCAUCUGAACCAAACCUGAAGCUGCGAUCCCGACUAAAGCAGAAAGUAACCGAAAGGAGGAGCAGUCCUCUGUUACGAAGAAAAGAUGGCCCCGUCACCACUGCAAAAAAGCGUCCCCUGGAUGUUGCAGAAUCUGCAUGCAACAGUGCUCCUGGUUCUGGACCAAGCUCUCCUAAUAACAGCUCCAACAACAUCACUACAGAGAAUGGGAUUGCGGGAUCUGUGUCCAGCAGCCCAGCUGAGCUUCUUGGUCUUCUGCUCCAGCCAUCCUUAGCUCACAGACUUGUGAAUCGGGAAGGAUCAGUGAAUCAGCUGUCUCUGUACACAUCACCUUCUCUACCCAAUAUCACAUUAGGAUUGCCAGCCACUGGGCCAUCUAGUGUGGCCACUGGCCAGCAGGAAGGCGACAGAUUGGCCGUUCCAGCUCUCCAGCAGGGCUUGCCUAUAACCACUCCCUUCAUCCCCAGUGCGCAUUUGCCAUCAUACCUGAGCGCUUCUCCACUAGACAGGGAUGGGGGCACCACACACAACCCCCUUAUACAGCACAUGGUUUUGUUGGAGCAGUCUGCAGCACAGAACCCCUUGGUUACUGACUGGUAUGUUUCAGGCCUGGGCGCCUUGCCCCUCCACGCUCAGUCACUUGUCGGGGCCUCAGCUGCUGGGGGCGAGAGGGUGUCACCCACCAUCCACAAGCUGAGGCAGCACCGCCCUCUAGGCCGCACACAGUCUGCCCCCCUGCCCCAGAACGCCCAGGCCCUGCAGCAGCUCGUAAUCCAGCAGCAGCAUCAGCAGUUCCUGGAGAAACACAAACAACAGUUCCAGCAGCAGCAACUCCAUAUCAACAAGAUGAUCACAAAGCCGAGUGAGCCAAGUAGGCAGCACGAGAGCCACCCUGAGGAGACAGAGGAGGAGCUGAGGGAGCACCAGGCCCUGCCUGACCAGGCGUGUGGGGCCAGCGAGGUGAAGGAUGGCUUGCCACAUGGAGUACGGGUCAAGCAAGAGCCUCUGGAGAAUGAGGAGGAGGAGCAGCAGCAGGAGGAGCUGGAGCAUCGCAAGAGGCAGGCCGAGCAGGAGCUCCUCUUCAGGCAGCAAGCCCUCUUACUAGAGCAGCAGAGGAUCCACCAGCUGAGGAACUACCAGGCCUCACUGGAAGCUGCCGGGCUGUCUGUGAACUUCGGAGGCCAUCGCCCCCUGUCCAGAGCACAAUCAUCCCCCGCUUCUGCCACCUUCCCUAUCACCGUCCAGGAACCCCCCACCAAACCACGCUUCACCACUGGCCUGGUGUAUGACAGCCUGAUGCAGAAGCACCAGUGCAUGUGUGGCAAUACCAACACACACCCGGAGCACGCCGGCCGCAUCCAGAGCAUCUGGUCCCGUCUGCAGGAGACCGGCCUGCGCGGGAAGUGUGAGUGUAUCCGUGGAAGGAAAGCCACUCUGGAAGAGCUGCAGACAGUCCACUCAGAAGCCCACGUCCUGCUCUAUGGAACAAACCCACUCAGGCAGAAAUUGGACAGUUCUGUGACACCCAUGUUUGUGAGGCUGCCCUGCGGUGGUAUCGGAGUGGACAGUGACACAAUCUGGAAUGAAGUUCACUCCUCCAGUGCCGCCCGGUUAGCUGUAGGCUCUGUCAUCGAGCUCGUCUUCAAAGUUGCCUCUGGAGAGUUGAAGAAUGGCUUUGCAGUUGUCCGACCCCCUGGCCACCAUGCAGAGGAGAGCACUCCAAUGGGAUUUUGCUACUUCAACUCCGUGGCCAUUGCUGCAAAACUUCUGCAACUCAGACUCAAUGUUAGCAAGAUCUUAAUAGUAGAUUGGGAUGUUCACCAUGGCAAUGGAACACAACAAGCUUUCUAUGGUGACCCCAAUGUUCUUUACGUGUCUCUCCACCGCUACGAUGAUGGCAACUUCUUUCCAGGCAGUGGAGCACCUGAAGAGGUUGGCAUUGAUGCAGGAGUGGGAUUUAAUGUCAACAUGGCUUUCACUGGGGGACUGGAGCCUCCUAUGGAGGAUGCUGAGUACCUAGCAGCUUUCAGGACUGUGGUAAUGCCCAUUGCAAAUGAGUUUGCUCCUGAUGUCGUUCUGGUUUCUUCAGGAUUCGAUGCUGUGGAGGGACACCCAUCCCCGCUUGGAGGAUACAAAGUGACAGCUAAGUGUUUUGGCUACCUGACGAAGCAGCUGAUGGGAUUGGCUGGGGGCCGUGUAGUGCUAGCUUUGGAAGGGGGUCAUGACCUCACCGCCAUUUGCGAUGCAUCCGAAGCAUGUGUUUCUGCUUUACUGGGAAACGAGCCUGAUCCCUUUCCACAAGAUGUCCUUCAGCAGAGGCCUAAUCCUAAUGCGGUGCGAUCCAUGGAAAAGGUCCUGGAAAUUCACAGUAAAUACUGGCGAUCCGUGCAGCGCUUUGCGUCUACGGUCGGCUACUCUGUGAUCGAAGCUCAGAAGUGUGAAACCGAGGAAGCGGAGACUGUCACAGCCAUGGCCUCUUUAUCAGUCGCAACCAAACAGAUGGAGAAAAGGCCAGAGGACGAACCGAUGGAGGAAGAGCCACCAUUGUAGUGGCAAGAAGGGAGCUCUUCUGGGAUGUUUACUCCUCAGAGAUUCACCUUGGUCUCUGACACAGCUCUGCCGAGGACGUCCAUUUGAUUUUUUUCCCUCGCCGCGCCAUUGUCCCAUUGUGGUGUCUCAUCUGGGAUCAGGCGUGAAAGAGAGUGGGAGCUAAAUGGAUGGAAAAAAAACCAACAACAAAGUUUGCCGUUUAUUCUGUGGUCCGAAAUAAAGGGCAGCCUACAGCCAGUUUCGGGCAGAGUUCAUGGAUAGAUUUUUUUGAAAAUGGGAUACAUUAAAAUGUAGAUGUGAAAGCUGGUGCUUUUGAACUUUCUCAUGGUUAAACAGUCUCAAGGCAGGUUUGACCGUUACUACACGUGGUUGUGUUUUUUUUUCUUUUUAUAAUAAAUAUGGAUCUCAUAAUGUUCAUAUAAUUGAUAGUUAUUGCUUACAAACAUUGCUGUGAUUGUUGAAAAUGAAUAAGACACUUUCCAAGGGAGAGGAGGCAGCUGAAGGACUGGGCUUCUGGCUCAAGUUUUAAUAUAUUUGGAAGAAUGAGAGUUUGUGCCUUUUUUAGACCUGAUGGAUUUCAUGAUGAAUUCAGAAGAACAUUGCCUUAAACGAGUUACAUAACAGAACAAUUCUUUGUUUUUUCCUCCUUUUCACAUGCAACAUUGCAGUGCCCAGUCUGUGGCAGUGAAAAAGAAAAAAAAAGAGACAAAAGAAGACUUCGGCAUGUUUACGAGGAAUGUGGUGUAGACAAGUUUGUGUUUCAGAAAGUCUCUGAAAGUUUUUUUUGUUCUUUUAUUUUUGCUGUAUAUUUAAAAACAAGUUUGUAAGGUAGUUGCCAUCUGUAAAGAGGCAAACAUUGUUGGAACACUUUAAAUUAAACCUGCUGUGAUUUUUAUAAUUAGUAUUGCCUUAUGUAGCUCACCAUAUAAACACUUGACCAAAUAAUUGUUUUCUUUUAAAAGCAUGUACUGUAAUAAAGUAACUUGCCAUCAGCAAAAUUAGAAUGCCAUUAAAAAAAAAAUAUUAAAACAAAAAACCAAAGCAUGAGAAUUUGCUUCCAGCUCGAGAUUUGUUCCACUAGUAACUUCAGUUUUAGGAAAGCAAUGCUAUUUGCCUUUGUAAACAUUGUUUUUCUUACAAAGUAUGUAGUUCAUUUUUAUAAAAAUGUUGAACUGCCAACAUUAAUAUUUUUGUCAGAAUUUAGAGCCUUUCAGAAUAAUUGCAUUGAAAUUCAGUAUCAAGUGUUCGGAAUUUAAUCUUGUUCAGAUUAUUCUAAUAAAGUAAAAAUGUAAAACUGCAAUCAACAGGUUGAUUCAAGAUCUAUUUAAUGUUCUCAAGUGCAAAUCAUUAAUGCUGACUUCCUUGGAAUUCUAUCAAAUUAAUUUCCAAACGUUUGAAAGAGUUUUCAUUUCUUUGGAUGCAGUAAUUUUCAGUAUCUCUCACUGAAAUUUUUCCUGUUCCAGUAAAGCUUGAUAUUUCCUGUGUUUUGGCCUGUGCUACCAAAAUUAAAAUGCACUGAAAAUUCCAGAAAAGGUGCAAAGUUUCACGGUUGUAUAGGUGCUACCAACUGUGAAUGUGUUACAUGGCUUUAUCAGGACGUGGCUUAAUUUUAGCAGCAGAUGGAAUAAGUGAAACUGAAUUUGGUGGGGCCAUAAAACUACUAUUUCAGAUAACCUGCAUGAAAUGUAGAAGAUGCGUAUGUACUGUACUAUAUACAUUUAAAACACACUUAACAUUUAGAGAUUUUACUUAACAUUGUCUGAUACUUAACAGUACAGAUUAAAGAGGUGGAGCCUUUCUUUUUUUAGGAGGUCAAAUUUAAAUAAAGCCAACUUAUGUUUAGCCACUUGGCAACUACCUUAAGCAUUAUUUUCUUGGAGUUCAGUUGUGAUCAUGAUCAAUUAAAUUGUAACUUAUAAAUAUGUUGGAAAACUUCAAAGCAAGGAACGAAGAGAUAAUUGUUCUGAUUGUUUUUAUAAUUAUAAUUCCAUGUCACACAAAGAGUUGUUGUAAUGACAGUUCCACUUUUUUCCCCAUUAUUAUUUUUCAUGUUUCCUUUUUAUCAGUGAAUUCUCUUGUUUCCAUAUCUGUACCUUUUGACUUGUACAAUGUUUCACUUAUUUUAUUUUAUUUUUUGUACUUUUUUAUUUUUUUCUUUCUUGUACAGUUGCAAAAUGCAUUCUACAUUCUUAAGGAAGCGUGACCAUUUUGUUCACAUUCUCAAGAAGCAAACUUUUCAUUAGUCGGGUUUGGGGUGGGGCAGGUAGGGGUGGGUGUGGGGAGGCUAAAGUUGUUUCUACUUUGUAUAAUGAUUCCAACAAUUGUGUAUUUACUAUAUGUUCUGUUCAUAGUAGAUUUAUAUAUGGAAAAAAUAUAUUAUAUAUAAAAAAGCAAAAGAUGCAAUCUUGUUAAAAAAUAGUAUUGCAAGGUGAUAACACCCAUAUAUCUCAAGCUAGGCUGGUGAUGCUCUUUUUGGUAUUUUUUACUGCACUGUUAAAGGCUGCCAUGGAAUAAGGAUAUAAAGUAGCAUUAUAUAUGUUGUUUCUUUUACUCUUUUCAGAGAAAUGGUUCCCAAUUCAAGCCUAGCAAUGGCUUUAAUGACUGUCAAAAUGUACUCCUCCCACUACAUAAUUAAGUGACAAGGGCAAGGCUGUUUUGUUUAAAAACUGUUUAUAGUGGUAGAGUCACUGAAAACCUGCUGAAAAUACAGGCUUAUAUUUUGGCUUUGGACAAAAUAAAUAAGAUGGCUUUGUAAAAUAAAAUUAAUUAGAAGCAAUCUUAACAUGGAAGGUGCCUGCUAAAGCAAUGUUUGCUAGCAGAUACUGUAUAAGGGAGCUGUUUGCCAGUAAUGUGUUCCUUUUCAGCAGGAAAGCAGAUUUUUCUCAUCCAUUGAGUUCAUGGAAAUUGGCAUCUUUGUAGUGGGCUUUUACAAUGGGAAAGUGUCAGAACAAGGUAUGAAAAUGUAAAAUACACUACUGCUGUUUUGAAAUGUUAUGCUAUGAAAUUCCAAGCUUGGGUAAUUUAAUGUGUUUCUGCAGAGAUUAUUUGAACAUUUCUUCUUCAGUUUCUUUUUUUUUUACAAAAUGAAUUCUCCCAUAGCACUUUUUAAAAGCUAAGAUUAACUCUAUCCAUUAAUAAUGUUCACAAUGGAGUGUUUUUGUAGCUACAAUAUUGAUCCGACUUAAAUUAAAAAUCACUUUCUCGACCUUUUCCCUAAAAUGAAUCAGAAUAUAAAAGGAAGAUGCUUUAGCGUCCUAUAAGGUUGAUUUUUGGUAAUAUUAGCAUGUUGUCUGAGUUUCAGUAGUGGUUGAAAGUUAAGCCUUCAAUAUCACUUUAUGGCAUAUCAGCAUGGUGUAGUGUUGUGCUGAUGGUUAUCAUUGUCAAAAGUGUUACAUCAAAAAUAUUUUAUGGAGUUCCUUAAACCAUUUCCAAAACUAGUUAGAUAUAACUUACCAUUUAACCUGUUUUAACUAAACCAGCUAGUUCGAACUACUUGAGUAACUUUGCAGGGAUGUGUGUUAAUGUUGCCUGGUAGAAAUUGACUAAGGCCACUCACACUGUGCUGACUUAUUUUACCACAGAUAACUAAACCAGAACAUUGCCUAUACUUGCAUUGCAAAAAAUAUCUUCUACAUCCACAUGAGCUGAAACUUUAAUAUUGACCACUUUGUAUAAUCUGACGUUGUUUAUAUGGUUGUUUAAGAAGGCAUGACAGAUAAUACAAUCCCUUUUGUUUUUGGUUCCUGUUAAUACGUCUGAUGUUGCCAUCUUCAUAUGAAAUAUUUGCUAUUUAUCAGCAUGUGUUAUUGUCAAGAAAUACUAGAGAAUACUGCUUAUUUUAAAGUUUCUAAGGUUGCAACCACUGGUUGACAUUUUAUGGGAAAACAUGAUUACUAACUAGACAACCCUUAACAGGCCACCCCCGCAUGCUAGUCCUUACUUAAAGACUAAUAAUAAAAUGUUUAGCUCACUUUAGCUCAUUUAAAAUACUUUUUGCCACAUUUCUGUGUUUUUACGUUUGUACGGAUUUUCCAUCGAAAAACAUUUUUAUCAUAAAAUAAUGAGAGUAACUUUGUUUCAGACUGUCCCUUUUGUGUCUGAGAUCAGACUCACUGACAGAAACUGAUUUUAUUGCUUCUUUCCCUUGAGAAACCGCUUUAUUAACCUUAGGGAACUAAAUGUCUGAGUGUUUACCAUAUUAAUAUCCAUUAUUUAACAAGUAAAAAGUUCAGAAAUAGAAAUCUGUAGGCGUAGAACUAACAGAUUAAGACAAUUAUUUUUAAGUCAAAAUACUGUUACAUGAGUUCCCAAGGUAAUGGAGAUGUAUGUCAUAUUACGUUUAAAGCAGUCAUGCAAGAAAUUUAGUGGUGCUUUACAAUUUUAUAAAUAUAGGAACUCCUAGGGUGCCACAUACAGUACAUAGCCUGUUGCUAAUGCAUGAAUUCUAAUGAAUUGAAUAGCAUUCUAUUAAGCAUCCCUGGUCUGAAUUUUGGCUAAGGUAAAUUAUAGAUCUUAAGUGGAAAUGAUUUUCUGUUGUCUACAGGACACAAACCGAAAGUGGGUAUUUGGAAAUUGCUUAAGGCUGAUCAGGCUGGCCCACAGUAGCUUGUGGUAGCUCCACAGUGUUCACUGGCUUGAGUUUUCUUGGUAUAAGAAUUUUCUGGUAGUACAAUGUGGGCUGUAGGGUGAAAAUCUAGUAGCAAGAAAGGAGUCAAGAGAAAGAUUGUUCAGUGAAAAGCUUAUAAAUUGAUUCAAAAGGAUUCUUUUAAAUGAUCUCAUUUUUUAAAGGCCUUCAUGUGAAAUUAAAUGUGCUUGAGUACAAUGUGGUCAAAAUAUUAUAUAUUUCACAAAGCGGAAGAGCUUCACCCCUGCCUUGCAUUUUUUGGAAGCCGAACAUAACUUUAAUUGUGUAUAAACAGGUGAAAGAGAAAUGUUGCAUACUGAAGUGCUGGGACACCACAUUUGCGAGAGGUUAACCUAAAACAACAGUCUUAAACACCAGUCAGUAAAUAGGUGCAGUUCUGUUAUGUUUACAGCCCUAAAAUGCAACAACUUCCUCAUCAGCCUUUUGUUGCUUUUGAGAAGUCUGUAGCUGAAACAUAACGCCAUAUAUUCCCCAUGCCAGCCUGUAAAACAAGAGGUCUGGGGGAACAUUUUGCAAUAACAGUCUGAGCAAUGGCACACAUUGCGUUUUGUUUUGUCAAAAGGGACAAUUUGUCUGGAUCAUAAACACAGCAUCCAGAUAGUCUUUUUCUUCUCAUUUUCUUUUUUAAUUGUGAUAAAGAAAACAUUCCGUUUGAGUUUUUAUUUGAUAUUUGACAUUGUCAUUCCUCUUUUAUUUUUGCCACAGACAGCCAGGCCCAUUUUUUGUUGGUUUAGAAGGGCCGUUGUUAAUUUUUUUAGUGUUUUCCUUUACCACCUCUGUAGUGUUUUUUUUUGUAUUUGUUCUUUUAUUUUGCAUGGUUUGUGUGAUGGCAUGCCUAAUGUUUGUCUUUGUAACAUAUUUGCACACCAGAAUAGCACUGGAGAACUUCAAUGUUUUAUGGCAUCUUCGAUAACCAUGAUGGAACAUUUUUGUUUUCUUUCUUUUUCUGUCAGAAGAAUUAGAAAGUGAGAUGCUUUUUGUGUCUUCAGAAAAAAAAUCACAGAUGUGCUUUUUAAUUGUAAAAACUGAACAACUUAAACAUUUGAAUAUUUUACAAAA